UCGGGGCCGUGGGUUAUUUAUACACGGAACAGAACUGGAGAGAGCAACAUGGCGACGUCGCAGGUGAUAUUGGCCAGCAGAGCUUGGCGAUAUCGACACCUUGUUGUUGCUACGGAGGGCAGAGAAUUGCAGCCAAAGUGAAGGUAGGGCUCAGAACGUUUCUUACCCAGAAUUUUAUUCGAGCUCUGGUGCCGUCUGUGAACCAUACUGGAAAUCUGACCCAAGGUUCUGCAAAACUAUGUCAGCGGAAAACUCCGAGUGUGACGCCGAGGACCAGUGUAAACCAAAGUGUAAGGCCGGCCAGAACCUGGUCGUACCGCCGGCAGCGAAGCAGGACCGCGCUAACGUUAACGAUAUCAAGUCGUUUGACGAAAUAGAUCCUUCAAAGGCUGAGGAAACGGCCAGAAAAUUAUUCGGUCACAGUUCCAAAUACCUUCUUCCCGAGCAAACCGAGCGAGGUAAGACACAUCAGCGGUCAAAAUCAUUGAGGGAAGUAGGCGAAAAACCACCGCCCUCCCCCACUAGGCGAAAAUCUGUACGUUUCGCGGAUGCCCUUGGAUUGGAACUCGCGGACGUCAAGGUCAUUAGCAAUGCGGAGCGAGAGCGGCCACCGGAAAUACCGGCACAAGUGCUACAGUCUCUCCGCCGGAGUCACGAGGAGUUAACGGAGGCCACGAAACAGUUUAUCGAGAAACACAGAUACCUGACGCCGCUGUUUAACCAGCCCGGGUCGGCACGGGAGUUCCUAGGCAAGGUGUUCACACAGGCCGUGUGUUUGGAAACCGCCGUGGUGUCCGAUAUGACUAUCCUAGGCACGAUCCGAGUCAGAAAUUUGCAUUUCGAGAAGAAGGUGGGUGUACGGUGGACGUAUAACGACUGGAAACUGUGUUUCGACACGCCCGCAGAAUACGUGCACGGGUCUUCAGACGGGACUACCGACAAGUUCUCCUUCACAAUCACCGCUCCAAACAACAUGGAAGUCGGCGGGAAAGUGGAAUUGUGCGUGCGCUUCGAAAUCCCGGGAAAUACCUUCUGGGACAAUAACCAAGGUCAAAACUACGUCUUCGAGUGUUUCAGCCAGGGUUAUAGCACCUUGUCGACAUCCCCAGAGGAUUCUUUCUGGCGUUUUACCUGAUUUUUCCAGGUGUGUGACAAUUCUUGUAACGCUGCCCCACCCCCUGCCUGCGUGAGUUUUGUAGAUAUCAAUAUCUGUUCACUACAGAUCGAUCUAUCACUGUUCUUUUCAGCACGUUAUGAAAGUGAACUUCGACCUUUAUUUAUUUGACCUUUAUUUAUUCAUGCAUGUGACUACACGCACAGGACUGUACCAUUGAAGUAAGUUAGAGGGACUGAUAAUAGUCAUAGUGUAAAUGUUUUGAAUAUUUUCCAGAAAAGCACAGAUGUCCCUACAUUAUUAAGCCCUUGUACAAAUAUAUUUUAAAGUUGAUUCAAAAUCACUGCUGUAUUUUAUUGCAUAUAUUAUAUGGUAUAUAAGGCCUAUCCCAUCCCGUAUCGGGUGGUAUUAAUUGGGUAUGUAAUCGAAUCGGACGCCUAGAGUAGAUAUGUGUGACUGUCAGAUAUUUUUGAUAGCAUUGUCCGUUUGCAGCCUACAAAUGUUCUAAUAGAAAUAUCUGUACGCCCCUUGGCCUCUACGACACGUCUGUGAUUUGGAAAGUAGCAAUAUCAAUGUAAUAAUUUCGUCCCCGUGUACAACAAACUGACUUCGUUUAGAAAAAGUGUGAACAUUUGAAACAUACAAAAAGAUGUAGAAGAUGAUUGGAAGACUAUGCAAAAUGAGAAGUGAGUGGAUGUGGUUAAAAACCACAUGUUCUGGUUGACGUAAAAUGUAUGUAAAAUUGGUUGGCGAGUGAUGUUUGCCUCAUACUCAAAUUGUGAUAUAUAUAUAUAUAUAUACGUCACCUGUGAACCCAAAUUACUUGGAUACCAUUGUUGCCAUGCAAUGCUAACUACGAAUUGAUGAUUACUAUGUGAUUCUACGCAAAGAAAAAAAAGAGAUGUUGGAGUUACAAGCGGCUGAGCGGUUGUGCUUGACGUAAAUGAUUGACGUGUGCAUUAAACGGCUGCUCAGUGCCCCCCAACCGCCAUCUGUCUGACCUUGAGAACCAUUGGAGAGGAAAUCAGGUUAUAUUAGGGAGACUAGGUCGAAAUAAUAGUGGUCUGUCAAUUAUGUCCGAAGGGAGGGGCCAGUUGUACAUUUUCUAUUCUGCCUGACCUUUGAAUCCCUGGCAGAAUGUUACCGAAAUUUCUAUUCGGCAUGUCAACACGCAGUAUUGCGGCAAUGAGCUGGCCUUGUUCCGUUUAAAGCAAAUCAUCGAAAGUGAAUACAAACAACAGACAGUUGUUAGAGCAGUAUGUGGAAGUGUGGUGCUGUUUCACGUUCAGUAGAAACGUGUACACAAGUGGCAGAGGCAGUGUGAAGUGGGGAGGGUUUUUCCUCGUGAUUUGACAUUGAGCAUUCCGCAUAGGUCAGACUGAGAUGAGGCUAGGGGAGUAUUGCACCACUGUGUUUUGCAUUAAAACGAUGUAUCUUCGGCAAGAACAAUACAAAUGGAUUUUGACUGUCAGACGAACGAAAAUCUUCCAAUUUAUGACUGUAUAAAUGAUUGAUGUUUGGACGUAGUCCCUGAAUCCCCUUGUGGGUUGCGUUUGCCUGCCUUAAAAAACCAAUGCCAUUUGCCCUGCUCUUGCCAUUAUGUAUUUAUGGCUUGUCAGAUACACUCAUGGCCUUGCACUAUUUUGGAGCAUCGCAAAAUUAUUAAUGUGUGAAAAAUGUUGCAUCUUGUACAUUGUUGAUAUGACAAUAGUAGUGUACAUAAAUAUAGUGUUAGCUUGAACUUAGCUGCUACCGUUUUUCGUAAAAACGAAUACUGUACAACCCUAAGCUUUAUGAAAUGUUUGAAAAAGAAAAGAAGCUAAUUUAUGUAUCAAGAAAA